AGAGGUCCCAGGACAAAUGUGCAGCAAGCCCCUGAGCAUGUGCGGAAAUGUUGUCAUCAGCUCCACCUAGAAAGACUUGGUGGAAAUCGAAAGCAGUAAAAGUCACAAGAUCCUAUCCAACUUUCUCUUCCCUGAAUGCCUGGGAAGAAUUCAGGGGCCUCUUGCCUGUGGAUGGAGAACCAACCCCCGGAGUGGGCCUGGGUGUGGAGGAGGGACUGCUCUGCCAGAUGGUUCACUCUCCAGAAUUCAACCUGUUUCCUGACUCCGUGGUGUUUGAAAGCAACUUUGUCCAGGUCAAGAAGGACAGGAACUGGAUCAACAUCUGCAAAGCCUCCUACACCAUGGCCCUCGGGGUGACCUCCUCCGUGCCCUGCCUGCCCCUUCCCAACAUCCUCCUCAUGGCCCGCGUCAAAUGGCACCGGGGGCAGAGCCAGACGUGGAACAGACCAUCGCCAGCGCCAAACAUCAUCCUGAAGAGGAUUCUCCCAUUGAAGUUCGUGGAGCUCCAAGUCUGUGACCAGCUCCAACGCAUCCUGCGGUUGAGGACGGUCACAGAGAAGAUCUACUAUCUAAGACUCCACUCUGACCAUCCUGAGACUGUCUUCCACUUCUGGAUCCGACUAGUUCAGAUUCUGCAGAAGGGCCUGUCCAUCACCACCAAAGACCCUAGGAUUCUUAUCACCCACUGCCUGGUGCCCAAGAGUAGCUGCAGCGUCUCAGGAGACUCUAAGUUAGUACAGAAGAAACAUCAAGCCUCCCAGCCCAGCGAGAGCCUCCUGCAGUUGAUGGCCAAGGGGGAGAGUGAGGCCCUCUCUCUGAUUUUUGCUGACUUACACCAGCACAACCGGUUCAGGAGAAGCAAAAAGACCAAGACCAAAAAAGACAACUCAGAGAAAGAUAAUUCCAGUGAAGACAGCAUUCCGUGCACUCGCGACCUCAGUUGGAGGGAUUCCUUCACCUAUGGAGAGUGGGAAAGGGAGAACCCCUCUGGGCCGCAGCCCCUCUCACUCCUCAGCACGUUGGCAGCCUCCACGAGGCCACAGCUGACUCUAUUCAUAGGAAAUUCUAUUUGAGCCACCCUUUCACACUGGGGAGAAUCGAAGCGGCCCUCACCAACACCGCUCUGCAGCAUUCAACUUCCUGAGGGACUCUGUCUGGAUGGAGAGAAGGAGAAAGCUGCAGCCAAGGAAAAACUAGCAUCACCUCCCGCGGAUAGCAUAGCCUUUCCUUGGAGACCCGUUUGGGAGCUUGGCUUCCAGAUGAAAAGCAUUAUCCAGCACGUAACUGUGACCUCCUCGCCUCCUUUCCACCACCAGGCAGGCACAAGAAGACAUGCUCUCGGAAGGGCCAGGACCACCGAGAGAAAGAGAAAAGGGAGGAAAGGCGAGCAGGAUCAGAGGAGAGGUGGAAGAGAACAAGAUGGAGGUGAAGAGGAAGGUGGGGGGAGAAGUCAGAAAAGACGGGAGAUACGGAGAGGUGGUAAGAGAAGGAAACAGGAGAGACUUGGGAGAGAAGCUGGAGAACAAGAGAAGAAAUAUACCUCUGAGAGAUGCCUCACCAAGCUUCUAUUUACCUAAUUUAAAACUUGAAAGUAAGGCCGUAUAAAAAAAAAAUGUGUUUUCUUCUCUGCUUAGACUAGUAUAAGGGGCCAGAUAUGAAUUCUAGCCAAGGGCCUCUCUCUUUCCCUUUUGGCCAGUUUUUUUUUUUCUUUUUCAUGUUUCUUCAUUUCAAAGAAGUUGGGGUUGUUUUUCCCAUCACCAUUUAUCCCCUCUGUACCCUCUACCACCUCCACCCACCCCUCAGGUUUUCUUGUUAGUCCCCCUUUUCUGAGUUAAGUUUGGGACCUUCUUUCUUAGCCCAUUCCUAACUUGGACUUGCUAGCCGGGCCCUGUUGUCCCAAAUGGAGGCUUGGGUGUGAGACUACACAAGAUUCCUGCAGGAGGUUGUCAGGCAAGAUGUGUGAGAUAGAGGGGAUUUCUCUUGUAUUUAAACUUGCUAACUUGGCUCAUGUCUCAGCCCUACAAACACUGGCUCGAUUUGUUUCAUAUAUGACACCCCCUUGAAAUGUCAACACACCUUGUUAGUGCUCAUUAAAUGAUCAAUUCCAAAGAGAGGACAUACAGGCCCCAAGCACAGGUGAAAUCAGAGGUUCAUAGAUUAUAGACCGAGAGAGUUAUCAAUGAGUGUCUGUCAGAUGGCCCAUGGACCAGCCUCUUUUUAAAAUGGGCAGUAUUUCACCUUCAAUAAAAACCAGGCUAUGAGUAUUUCAGAAAGGCUGCCCACCCUUCCAAUUGGAAAGUGUUUUUGGAGCUCUUGCUUUGAUUCAAGAUUUCCUAGGAGGGUCUUUUUCUUCACUGAAGUGGUUUUCAGACUGAAAUUGUUGGAGGGCUAAAAAGUAAGCUCCUGGACGUAAGCUCCAAGGAAGCGUUAGGUUCUAAUUCUUAGUGAUUUCGAUAGCCACAUAGAUGAUUCUUCCCAUGGUCCCUGUUGUUUGAACUGCUGCCCAAUGGUCUCAUCCUCCACCCUCCUCAGCCACUGACUCCCCUGAUUUUACCCUAGAGUUUGUCAAUAAUCCAUUAUUGCCAUUCUUCAGCUAUACCACCUCCUAUCUUUUCCCCUGAGUCCAAUAUCCUUCCACCCUACCAACCCUGCAAACUAUUGCUCCUUCUGGGUUUUCACUGUCCCUCACUUUCCUCAUGCUCUAGGUGACCCCAUCAUGGAGAUAGUACUAAAGGGAAAGAAGUUGAGGUUGUUCAAUACAGCUAGCGGUUGAUACUGUUGGCAUAAGAAAUGGUCAAACCUGUAGACAAUUUUUAUGAAUUUAUUUGAGCCACUGAUGACAAUUGCCAGGAAGCA